AUGUCGAAGCGAACGGCCGACACCGAAAUGGGCGACGGCCCCCUCAAGGCCGGUGAUCGUCCCGAGAAGAUGGACGUUGACGGCGACAACGAGAUGGGAGAGUUUGAAGACGAGUUUGAGGACGAGUUCGAGAGCGAAAGCGAGGAUGAGAUUCUGGAGGCUGGCGUUGACGGACGACCAGAUGCGGAGCGCGAGGCCGAGGAAAAGGGUGCUAUGGAAGUUGACCAAGGCACUUUCAUCGUCGGCCGGAGCAAGCUCGAGCCUGGCCAGACGCUGGCCCCCGACCUCACCACGUACCAGAUGCUUCACAACCUCAACACGCCGUGGCCCUGCCUUUCGUUCGACCUUCUCCGCGACAACCUGGGCGACAACCGCAAGGUUUACCCCGCCACGAUGUAUUCGGUUUCCGGUACCCAGGCGGCGAGUGAUCGCGCUGAAGAGAACGGACUGAUGGUCAUGAAGUUCAGCGGUUUGAGCCGGAUGGACAAGCUUGAGGAGGACGAGUCGGACGAGGAGGAGGACGAUGACGACGACGAGGAUUCCGACCCUAUCCUCGAGUCCAAGACGAUCCCCCUGAACUCGACGACCAACCGUGUUCGUGCGCACCAGAUUCCCUCGCAAGAUGCCUCAAGGCCACCUACAACACUGACGGCCACGAUGACUGAGUCGACCAACGUCUUCAUCCACGACAUCACUCCCCAUCUCACAUCGUUCGACAACCCGGGCACCACAAUCACCGCCCAACAGAACAAGCCUGUGUCGACGAUUCGCGCGCACAAGGCCGAGGGAUACGCGGUGGACUGGUCGCCUAUCGUCCCUGGGGGCAAGCUCCUCACCGGUGACAACGACGGCUUGAUCUAUGCGACCACCCGCACCGACGGCGGGGGCUUCGUUACCGAUACCCGUCCUUUCCAAGGCCACACUAGCAGUGUCGAAGACAUCCAGUGGAGCCCUUCGGAACAGUCCGUCUUCGCCUCGGCGUCUAGCGACGGCACGGUGAGGAUUUGGGACGUCAGGAGUAAGAGCAGGAAACCCGCCCUGACGGUCCAGGUCAGCGACACGGAUGUCAACGUGCUGUCCUGGUCUCGCCAGACCACCCAUUUGCUGGCCUCUGGCGCCGACGAUGGGGUGUUUGGCGUCUGGGAUCUCCGUCACUGGAAGGGAACGGGCGACAAGCCCACCCCCAUUGCCAGUUUUGACUACCACAAGGAGCAGAUCACCAGCGUGGAGUGGCACCCGUCCGACGACAGUAUCAUUGCUGUGGCGGCAGGUGACAACACCGUCACGCUGUGGGACCUGGCUGUCGAGCUGGACGAUGAAGAGAGCAAGGAUACGGGCGGCGUCAAGGACGUGCCUCCCCAGCUGCUCUUCGUCCACUACCUCUCGAAUGUCAAAGAGCUGCACUGGCAUCCCCAGAUCACGGGCAGCUUGGUGGCCACGGGUGAUGAAUUCAGCAUCUUCCGUACGAUUAGCGUUUAA